AUGGCCAGAAAGGAAAAGUCAUUAAUGUUUUCGAUGAGUCAAGCAGGAGGCUGGGUCAUGAAAGGUUGUCGCUACCAGGAGUGUGGGACAGUCUCUGGUAAAGGCGGGGGUCGGAUUCGGUGGAACGUCCGUGGACCGUCCUUUCAGUGGUGGGCAAGAAGGGGCGGGCAAAGAGAUGAGGUUCUGUCUCAGGAGCCGGGAGGGCAGUCCCUGUCUGAGGCCAAUGAGGCCGGUCAAACUGACCCUGGCUCAGAGCCGCCCCCGCCCCCGCCCCCGCCCCUGGCCCGGCCCGGCCCAGGGACCCCAGGCCCCGGUAGCUGCAGCCAAAAGCUAGGGGCCCGCCUCCUCCUUUCUAUCCCCGCUUCCCCACCAUCAUCCUGGGACCCCCGUACCAGGCUCCAGAUUCCUGCUCUCAACCAUCCAUUUCAGGACCCUCAAACCCCCAUUCCGGGAUUACCUCCUUCUCCUCCCAUCCCUGGAGCCCCCUUUUCCCCCGCCCCUUCUCCAUCGCCUCAUCUCCCCUCACAUCCUGGAAACACGCCUAAAUCCUUGCUCCGUCUCGUCUUUCUCAUUAUGGAGCAGAACAGCGGCCUUUUCCCACUUCAGCACCAAGAACAGCCCCUCUUCCUGCCUUUUUCUCAUCCGCUUUCCCAGUCUCAACCCCUCUACUUGUCCCUCUCUCAGCAGGACUCCCUUCCCCUUUCCCAGCCUCUCUCUCAGCCCCGUCCCCUUUCCCAGCCUCAGCCCCUAUCCCUGCCUAUUCCCCAGCCUCUUUCGCUACCUUUGAACCAGCCCCUGUUCCUCUCGCAGCCUCUCUCCCCGUCUUUGCCCCUCUCUCAGUCUUUGUCUGUUUCCAAGCCCUUAUCCCUCUCCAAACCUUUAUCCCUCUCUCAAUUUCUGUCCCUUACCCUCUCCCAGGCUCUGCCUCUCUCCCAGCCCCUGUCCCUUUCCCAGCCUUGGCUCUGGUCUGGGCUCCAACUGCCACCUUCACUGUUCUUGCUGCUGCUGCUGCUCUUUGUGCUGUGCCCAGGGGCUGGGGGUCUCUUCCUGACCGAUUACUCCACUUGCUCACCCCGAAAGCUGAGCCCAUUCCGCUCCUUUGCCAGCACUGAGCUCUUCCACUUCCACGUUCCUGAGGACACAGUCCUGGCUGUCUGGAACCUCAUCAUCUUCAAAGAGCAGGGAGGCACCUUUGGGGAUCAUUGCCCAGACCAAAGUGUGACUGUGUAUUUCCGCUCAGGAGCACCCCCUGUAAUAAACCCUCUGAACACACACUUUCCGCCAGACACAGUGGUACCAGGGGUCUUCUCAUUGACCCUCAGCUGGACGUUGCCCAACCGAACCUCAGGAAUCUUCAAUGUCAGCAGUCCCUUGCCUGGGGAUUGGUUCCUGGCUGCUCACCUUCCCCAAGCCCAUGGACGUAUCUCUGUCAAGGGUCUUCACGAUGAGUGCCAGUAUCUCCUUCAGCCACAGUUGAUUGUCCGUCGAUUGCUUGAUGUUGCUGUCCUCGUUCCUGGUCGUCCCUCAGAGCAAACUCUUUCUUCUCAUAACCGUUCAGCCCUGUACAAGGUCUUUGUCCCCAGUUUCACCUCCAAGGUCUCUGUCCAGCUGAAGUGUAUUGGAAGUCGUGGGGGCUCUGGAUGCCCCCUGAUGAUGCAUCUGCGCCCCAAGGCACCUCCUCUGCACAACUCAACCUCUGUGGCCUGUGGGGAAUUGGCACCAUGUGGGCUAGACCUGGCCCUGCCUCCUUGGGGGGACUGGGUCUAUGUACGUGUGGAGACACCAAGGGGUCUCCCUGGAACCCUUCGAUUCCAGCUGUGUGUGCAGCUACAAGAGUGCCCCCAACAUGGCCUGUCUCGAGCCCUGGUACCUGGAGCCGCCAUGAACAUGCCCCAGUCUCUGGGUACUCAGCUGCCCCCCCAGGAGAUACCACCUUUGGGAGCCCCUGAGGAGGGGUCUGGGAGCAUAUCUCCCCCUGACCAUUGCUGGCCAGUGCGUCCAACACUGAGGAACGAGCUGGAUACCUUCUCCGUCCACUUCUACAUCUUCUUCGGCCCCAAUGUGGCUCUUCCGCCAGGUCGUCCAGCUGUGUUUGCCUUGAAGCUCCUGCCUGUGCUGGACAGUGGAGGGGUCUUGACCCUGGAACUGCAGCUCAAUGUGAGCUCACUGCGCCAGGAAAAUGCCACUGUGUUUGGAUGCCUGACUCAUGAGGUGCCUCUGAGCUCAGGUGACUCUUCUGUGACCUGCUCCACAGAGUCCCUGGCUGGCUUCAUUCUCUCUGUCAAUGCUGCCUCUAAAGUCUCCAGACUUCGGAUCCCUUUCCCCCAAACAGGAACCUGGUACCUGACUCUCCGAUCAUUGUGUGGAACAGGCCCAUGGUUCGAACGCUGUAAGAACAUCACUGCUGAGGUCCGUCUCCGGACCUUUCUGUCCCCAUGCAUUGAUGACUGUGGUCCAUAUGGUCAGUGCAAACUGCUGAGGACACAUAACUACCUGUAUGCAGCUUGUGAGUGCAAGGCUGGUUGGCGUGGCUGGGGCUGCACAGAUAGUGCAGAUGCUCUCACUUACGGAUUCCAACUUUUGUCCACACUGCUACUCUGUCUGAGCAACCUCAUGUUUUUGCCACCUGUGGUUGUGGCUGUCCGAAGUCGAUAUGUGCUAGAGGCUGCAGUCUACACCUUUACCAUGUUCUUCUCCACGUUCUACCAUGCAUGUGACCAGCCAGGCAUUGUGGUUUUCUGCAUCAUGGACUAUGAUGUUCUGCAGUUCUGUGACUUCCUGGGUUCCCUCAUGUCUGUGUGGGUCACGGUCAUCGCCAUGGCCCGUCUGCAGCCGGUGGUCAAGCAGGUUCUGUACCUGCUCGGGGCCAUGCUACUGUCUAUGGCUCUGCAGCUUGACCGACAUGGCCUCUGGAAUCUUCUUGGACCCAGCCUCUUUGCCCUUGGGAUCCUGGCUACAGCAUGGACGGUGCGGAGCGUCCGCCGCAGACACUGUUACCCACCCACGUGGCGUCGCUGGCUGUUCUACCUGUGCCCGGGCAGCCUCAUUGCCGGCAGCGCGGUUCUACUCUAUGCCUUUGUGGAGACGAGGGACAAUUACUUCUACAUCCAUAGCAUCUGGCACAUGCUCAUUGCGGGCAGUGUGGGCUUCCUCCUGCCCCCGAGGGCCAAAUCUGAUGGCAAAGUGCCGCCCCUGACCAGGCCCCGGGGAUGUGGCUACCAGCUGUGCAUCAAUGAGCAGGAGGAGUUGGGCUUGGUGGGCUCCGGGGGCACCUCCAUCAACAGCAUUUGUGCCAGUUGA